AUGUUUACCCAUCAUUCUCUUGUUUCAAUUCUUGAUUUGGGCCUAGUCGAUGCUUGUAUUCAAUUAAAUGCCCAACUUCCUCGUAUGACUGUUCAGGAACUUCAUGUUGAAUUACCUUAUGUUAUUCGUCGUAUAUUUGGUUUUGGUCGCUUUGAUUGGUCAUUACGUGAUAUUGGUAAUGAUCGUAGUCAUUUAUUUUCAUUGGUACAAGAUUUUUUUUCACCGUGGCAUGGUGAAUUAUGGAAAGCAUUGCUUCGUCUACAAGAUCAUACACCACAAUUUACAUUUCAAUUUAGUAUAAGUGAUUUACCAAUACAUUUACGUGCUAAACUUGCAUCCUUAUGUUUACCGGAUAUUGUUCGUGGACGAACAACAACAACUGGACAACAUUUAACAUCAUUAGCACUUGAUCCAAUUGAAUACUUUCUAUUUCAUCUACUUUCUUAUGUUGUUUCAGAUCAACAAUCAACGGAUCGACCAAUGCGAAGCGAUUCAGUCUACUUAAAUAUUCUUGAAAUGUAUUUAUGCCUUUUUCUACCAAUCGAUGCCAGUGAAUUUCGUUUACUUCUGAUGCCAACAAGUAAUACUGCAGCUUCAAAUAUUCUUACAACUUCACAUGUACUUGAUUCACGUUUGUUGCCGCCGGUACCUAUUGAAACAACACCAAAAAAAAGCCCUGUUCGACAAUCAUAUUUAUUUGGAAGUAAUGUAAAGCAACGAGGAGAUGGAGAAGGAAAUCGUAUAAAUAUUAGUACAUCAUCAGUGAUUCCAUCACCACCACCUGCAGUUUUAUCGACAACGACAGCCGAUACCAAUGAAUUAAUAAAAAAAAUUGAUUAUUUUAUUAAAUGCUAUGUAGCAUUUCUAAUUGAUGUGUUUCAACCAUCGAAAUCUGUUUUUGGUACAAAUAGUGGUUCAAUUCUUGUUCAAGAAUUUAAUUUGUCAGAUGUUCAUUUACUUUGUAUUCGUAUGUUUAUUAAACGUCUUCAUUUAUUUUGUUCAUAUCAAAUUGGUGUUGGUGGUAAUAAUGCUUCUCUUGCUAAUACAGGCAUGACAUUACUCGAACAACGUAAUCUUCUUGUACCCUUACAAACACUUAAACGAACAUGUAUUGAUACAUAUGUUCGUCAACCACUUUAUACUCUUCUUCAAAUUGGUAUUGUUCGAUGUCCACUUGAUCAACGUUAUAAUACACUUCUAUUUAUUUGGUAUACAUAUAUACGUCCUUGGCGGUUUAGUCCAGAAAUUGUAUUAAACGAUUAUAAAGUAAUAAAUCUACUUGAUACAACAACAAUUGAUCAAGAUACAUUACGACAAGAUCAAUCACUUUUAAAUACAGAAACAAUUAAUUUUGUUGAACAUAAUCUUCCUUUUUAUGGUCGUCUUUUUCAAUUUGCUAUUGAUCGUUUACAGAAAACUGAUUUAACAAAUGCACUUAUCGCACAACUUAUCUAUAAAUUAGCUAGCGUAUUUUCAGCUAAAAAUUUCUCCUCAUUACUUCUUAAAUCUGAACAAGUAGCAAUGUAUUCAUUUUCAACAUCAUAUUCACCUAGUAAACAACGUAUUUCUCCUCCAUCAUCACCUGAUGGUCCACGACCAGCUUAUUCUAUCCUAUGUGAUGAAACACGUACAUUAAUGUUAGCUUUUCUACGUAAAAUUUCAAGUGUUCUACAACGUAAUGAACGUCGUAUUGGCGAGCGUAAUAGUUUAGCUCAAACAGAGAAACAAAAAGCUUUACAAGCAGCACAAAUUGUAUCAACAAAUAUUUAUGAACUAUCAAAAAGAUUUUUAUUUAAACUUCUUUAUAUAAAACCUCAAUCAUCAACAACAGAAAAUCUUCAAUUAAAACCACUUUUACCAGCAGAAAUUGUUGAACAAUUAAUAACUACAAAAAAUAAAUUUUGCGAACUUUUUCAAAUCGAUACAAAUUCAUUUGAUACAGUCACUAAUGAUGAUGAACCGUCUUUAGCACAUUCACUAGAUACAUCAUUUCAAACAAAUAAAUCCUUGUCAACGUCAAUCACAGGAUCAACAUUAAAUUCUUCCUAUAUUCCUUAUGAAUUUGACAAUCCAAUUUUAUCUCCAUCAAAUCCAUUUGAACUUGGACCAUUACUUUGGUUUAAUCGUCAACUUUCAGAAAAUAUUAAUCUUCGAUAUGGUGAUCAAAUCAGUUCAUUAUAUAAUCGUCAAGAUAUUAUUGGUUUAUUCUUUCGUCAAUUAUUCUAUGGUCCAAAUGAUACAAGAUUGCAAUCAAUAGGUACACCACAAAUAAAUUUCCGACAUUUUACUGAUAUACGUACUUUAUGUCUACUUACAUUGAUCUAUUUUGUCUUAAAAUUCACUAUUGGUGGAGCUAAUUUACCGCUGAAUCUUUUACUAUUAAUAAUGAUUAUUUUCCUAUGGAAUAUCUUUCGAACUAUACAAACAUAUAGACAAUCGUUAGGUUCAUUGUAA